UCUGUUCUGAGCAGGUAAUGAAAAACGCCGACAUAAUUUUGUUAGCAAAUGAUGUAAAUUUUAAAUCAAACAUUGCCGCGCACUUUUCCAGUAACUUUUAUUAUUUAGUCGGUUAGAUUUCUGUUCUUAUCCAGGAAAACCGUACAAUGGAAUCAAUACCUUUGACUGCAAGCGAAAUACCGAGUAAUGCGAAGGUUGAUUCAGCUGAAAAGAAAGGACGACAUCGCAAGAAACAUAAGUAUAAUGCGAUCAGAUCUCAAAUGGAAUUCUAUUUUUCGGAUGCUAAUCUGUCCAAGGACAGAUACCUGGGCCAAAGUAUUAAGAACGAUCCAUUCGUUCCACUCUUGGAGUUUCUCAAGUUCAACCGGAUUAAAAAAUUAACUGAAAGUGUAGACGAUAUCGCUACAGCACUAAAGAAGUCCGAUGUGCUGCAAUUAUCGGAAGAUCGCAGCAAGGUGCGCCGAAUAACAGAGCCUACGGAACGUCCCAACUGCGAGGCCUGCACGAUUUAUGUCGAAUGCUUACCUCCUAAGGCAGAUCACGACUGGGUCCGAAACGUUUUUUCUACUUAUGGUAAAGUGGCGUACGUUUCCCUACCAAAGUUUAAGUAUUCCAAGAAGAUUAAAGAGUUUGGGUUCGUCGAGUUUGAGGAGGAAUCAAGUGUGCAGAGAGCGUUGAAGACAUUUCAAGCAUUUGGUGGCGUGCUGACGUACGAAGGUACCGAACCGGAUAAACUGGUUAGUAUUAGCAGCUACAACAAGGAGAAAGAGGAGGAGGAAAAGCAUAAAGAAGAUACCGAUAGACCAGGAGAGAACUCGGAGAUGGAACAGGGAGAAAUAACAAAUAGCAAAAAUAGCGAUAAUGAAUUCUUGGAGCCACCAGCUAAGCGUAUUAGAACAGACGAUGGUGAUAGUAGCGAUUCGGAUACUCAGAAAGAUAGUGACACGGAGGAUUUACAAAGUGAAAACGAAAUGAAAGAUGGUGGCGAAGAAAAACAACAGGAUAGCGAACAGGAUGGAAAGAAAAAAAGGCGUCGCCGCAGAGGACCUAGUGGAAUUAAGAAAGAAAUUCAGCAAGAUGACAAAGUUUACGAACUAAAAAUUAUGCCUAAACAAGAGUGGCGACGACUGCGCAACAAAUAUUUGAAUCUGCAACGGGUAGAAGCUAAGAAACUCAAGAAAUUGUUCGGGGAAUCAAACAAGUUCAGUAAGCCUAAUCAGAAUCGCACCCCAAACCCAACUACAUCACAUAUGACGAAAACAGUGAAAUCUUCCCCACGUGUUAACUUCUACGGUGCCUUGACGGAUGAGGAAGCAGCAGCAGAAGCUAUCAAACUGGAAGAGCAAGACCAACAAUGCAAGCAACCCCUUUUCCUGUUCGAGCCAGGCUUGAUAGUAAACAUUAAAUUUCGCGUUCCUUGUGCAAAUAUCAAGGAUUUCAAGGCGGAAUUGCGACAGUACGCAUAUGUCAAGUACACCGAUUUGAAAGAAGGUGACAUGGAGGCAUUCGUGCGCGUGGAUAAGCCAAGCUCGGCUAACCAACUGGUGAAGGAGUACAAUUCAGCGGAGUACAGUGCACAAAUAUUGAGCGGCGAAAUUGAGAAGAGUUAUUGGGAUAAAAUUAAACGAGACCGUGAUGAUAAGUUGAACAAAAAAGUAAAAGUGGAGAGGGUGCGUGGCCGAACUAAGCUGCUGAAAAAAGUAAAUACACACGUUAGGUUUGAAGACGACGAUUGAUCGAGUUUUGAAACAUUUGCGGUUUGAAAUUUUAUUACGAAACAAAAUAAAUUUGUUACAAGAUAUUGUGCAAAUCGCAGCCA